CAUUUGAUUCCAUCCAUAAUUCGCUUCGUCUGUGUCAUGCACCGUAAGAAGAAGAGGCCCAUUCUCAGAGCUUGUCUCAAAGCGAGUUGCAUUGACUCAUCCAGACCGCUUCCCGCCGCCCAAAAAGUCCAUUGUUGCGCUUUACACACAUUAUCCUUUCAAAGGCCAUUGCAGGUUGCAGGUUGUCCAUUGCAUUUUGCACAUUUCGCAUUGCGCUCUACUUCUUUUUGCUGCAUCGGUGCCCAGUGUUGGGAUGCAGUAGAGUGCGGUGCAGCUGCGGACAUUGGAAGCCCUCAGUCUCUAUUUUUAUUGUAUUGUACCUUGUCUCCUGUUUCGCUACUUAUUGAAGAAAAUGACUGCGCUGGAGCUCAUUGACCACUCGCCGCGCCAAGGGCAGGCGCUGGUGCCGACGGCAACCAACCUGAUCCUCAUAGACAACUACGACUCGUUCACGUGGAACGUGUACCAGUACCUAGUGCUCGAGGGCGCCAAGGCCACCGUAUUCCGCAACGACAAGAUCACCCUGGACGAGCUGAUCGCCAAGCACCCGACGCAGCUGGUCAUCAGCCCUGGGCCCGGCCACCCCGGCACCGACUCGGGCAUUAGCCGCGAUGCCAUCCGCCACUUUGCCGGCAAGAUCCCCAUCUUCGGCGUCUGCAUGGGCCAACAGUGCAUCUUUGAUGUCUACGGCGGCGAUGUCACCUUCGCCGGCGAGAUCUUGCACGGCAAGACAUCGCCCCUGAGCCACGACUCAAAGGGCGUCUAUGCCGGCCUGCCCCAGGGCCUGCCCGUCACAAGGUACCACUCGCUCGCCGGCACCCACGUGACUCUGCCUGAAUGCCUCGAGCUCACCUCUUGGAUUGCCCUGGAAGAUGGCUCCAAGGGCGUCAUCAUGGGUGUCCGCCACAAAGAGUACACCCUCGAGGGUGUCCAGUUCCACCCCGAGAGUAUCUUGUCUGCCGAGGGGGGCACCAUGCUGAAGAACUUUCUGCGCAUGCAGGGCGGCACUUGGGCUGAGAACGGGAGGCUCCAGAAAGCCGACAGUGCAAGUCCUGCCGCUACUCUCAGUCCUGUCGAGUCGUCGGCAAAGCAGCCGCCAUCCGGAGGGAAACACAACAUCCUCCAAAAAAUCUAUGCCCACCGCAGAGCUGCCGUGGCCGCGCAGAAGCAGGUCCCUUCUCAGAGACCCUCGGACCUGCGAGCCGCCUACGACUUGAAUCUCGCGCCGCCUCAGAUCUCGUUUGUCGACCGGGUGCACCAGUCUCCGUUUGACGUGACCCUGGCGGCCGAGAUCAAGAGAGGGUCGCCAUCAAAGGGCAUCUUCGCCCUCGACAUCGACGCGCCCUCGCAAGCUCGUAAGUACGCCCUCGCGGGCGCCAGCGUCAUCUCGGUCCUCACUGAGCCAGAGUGGUUCAAGGGAAGCAUCGAAGACCUGCGUGCCGUGCGUCAGGUUCUGAACGGCAUGGCAAACCGGCCCGCUGUUCUCCGAAAGGAGUUCAUCUUUGAGGACUACCAAAUCCUCGAGGCGAGACUGGCCGGCGCAGAUACCGUUCUCCUAAUCGUAAAGAUGCUAGAUGCCGAGCUUCUGGAGCGGCUCUACAGAUACUCGCUCUCGCUGGGCAUGGAGCCGCUCGUCGAGGUGCAAAAUGCCGACGAAAUGGCCAUUGCCAUCAAGCUGGGGGCCAAGGUGAUCGGAGUCAACAACCGUAACCUGGAGAGUUUCGAAGUUGACCUCGGCACCACCGGUCGUCUCCGCAGCAUGGUGCCCAAGGACACAUUUCUAUUAGCGUUGAGCGGCAUUAAUUCCCACCAGGAUGUGCUCGACUACAAGAGAGAUGGCGUCAACGGCGUGCUAGUUGGAGAGUCCAUCAUGCGGGCCCCGGACGCCUCGCAGUUCAUCAAGAAGCUUUGCGCUGGCCCCGACGCACCCGCCCCGACUUCUGGGCCCAAGUCUCUGCUUGUAAAAAUCUGCGGGACCCGGAGCGCCGAGGCUGCCACCGAAGCGAUCAAGGCGGGGGCUGACUUUAUUGGCAUGAUCUUGGUUCCUGGGACAAAGCGGUACGUUUAUGACGAAACUGCCUUGGCCAUCUCGAAAGCCGUGCACGACAUCUCCAAGCCCCCUGCCGAAGAGUCGGCGAAGGCCCGUGGAUCGGCAGAGGAUUUCUUUAGCUGGUCUGGGGAGCUGCUACGGAAUCAGGGGCCGCUUCUCGUCGGCGUGUUCAAGAACCAGCCUCUGGAGGAGGUUCUGGAGAAGCAGCGACAAUAUGGCCUAGACGUCGUUCAGCUGCACGGCAACGAGCCCAUUGAGUGGGCGUCCCUGAUUCCCGUCCCCGUCAUCCGAAAGUUCAAGCCGGGGCAGCCCGGAAUUGGCGUCCGCGGCUACCACGCGGCCGCCCUCUUGGACUCGGGCUCAGGUUCGGGCGAGUUGCUUGACGUGGAGUCGGUCAAGUCAGCUCUCGAAAAGGACGACCGCCUCACGGUGCUACUUGCUGGCGGCUUGACCCCAGAGAAUGUAGCUGAGUCGGUGGCCGCCCUGGGGCCUUUCGCAGACAGGAUACUGGGCGUGGAUCUCGCCAGCGGCGUCGAGGUGAACGGGGUGCAGAGCGUGGAAAAGAUACGGGCUUUUAUACAUGCCGCCAAGGCGAUUAGAUAGUCGAACUACUGGAGGUAGCAAUAUCACUUAACUGGCACAUCUGGAUGUGGCAAGACAA